AAAAUUUUAAUAUGGAGAAAUUUGAAGACAAAGACGAACCCUUCUUAAAGAGGGAGUAUGUCAGAGAUGACGACUCUACUACAUCUGACUCCACACUUGGUGAAGGCUUCACUAAGUUAGAGCCAAAGAAAGGAGCAGCUAAAUUUUGGUUACAUUUUAAGCUGUUACUGCAUAAGAAUUUAUUGCUGUUCUGGAGAAACAAAAAGAUAACACUCUUUCAAUUGUUAACCCCAGUUUUAUCUGUUUUUAUCUUGUGGGUGCUCCAAGUAAUCUUUUCAGACUUACAAGCUGUUACUUUCCCCAAUCCAGGUGAUAACCACCCCGGAUCUCUCCCUUCAUGAGUUGGAGAAGAUUGUGUUACUCUCGGUUAUUUCAUCAUCGGAGACUCAUCUGACGAACAGGCUGAGCAGUAUGACUGGAUCCACCAUGCCAUGCGCUACACAGCACUUCGGAAUGAUCUGGUGCUAGGCAAAGAUGUCAAGAACUUGCUGAUCACUCCUUCGACACGAUUCGUCAAAGGCUACCUUGACAACAAUCUCAAUAAGACUUGGUACGGAAUAGUAUUUUGCACGACCGAGUGGGAAGACGGAGCCACCUCGAACAUUACGAUUCCUUGAAGACCUGCCAACACAGAUCCUGGAAGGCCUGAUGCUGAAAUCAUGUUCUACUCGAUAUUGUACAACUACACUCUAAUGCCGUCAGCAUUCCUGAACAACUGGACAGCGCCUGCUGCUGUUGACGAGAACAUGCUCAUCAUCAAGAACUCGAUUGACAGUGGAAUCGUUGACUACUUGAAGUCGAGAGCUGGCUAUUUCCCACCUAACCAUCUCGAUCGCUGGGACUCAUUUGAUGAUGACGAGCUCAGCCACAUUGAAGUCUCCUGGAGCAACUUCCCACUUGUCGCAUCCAGAGUGUUCAACGAUGCAGACAUUUCGUCACUUGCAGGCACAUUCUAUGUGGCACUUGGACCCAUAGUCACUUUCGUGGUGAUGCUCACAGAGAUUGUGCGAGAGAAAGAGCAGAAACUGCGUCAAGGUCUCUGAGUCGUGGGACUGGCACAUGCACCGUACUGGCUGCAUUGGCUGGUGACUGGAGUGUUCUUCUCGGCGGUCGUGUCGAUAGCCACGAUUCUGAUUGGUCUGGCCACUCAGUUCCAGCUAUUCUUCCACACAAACAUCUUUAUACUGUUUUUCUUGUUCUUUAUGUUCACACUGACUCUGGUAGGAUGCUCAUUUGUGUUCGCAACAUUGUGUCCAAACCAGAAAGUAGCCUACACAGUCAGCUACGCAUUCGUGUUACUCUGCAUUGUGAUCUUGAUCAUGGUGUCAAACCCUCUGGUGUUGUACUUCAUAUUCUUCAACGACAAGUCAGGGUCUUACAUGGGUGUGGUCAGAGCAUUCUUCUUUAUGCUCCCUCCAUUCACGUUCUCACUCAUAUUCGGAAUCGUUGUGCGGAAAUCAACUUCACACUUCGAUGACAACGCCCAGCAGUUCUUGAAAGGGACUGGCUUCGGCUGGGCCGAUCUUACAAAGCCUGAAGUCGGAGAGUUCUCGACAGGUGACACUUAUAGCUCUCCGACUCCGCUAUUCGGAUUCGCAAUAUUGCUGGUCGAAAUGGCUGUGUAUACGAUCCUGGUCUGGUACUUCGAUCAUGUCAUCAGUUCAAACAGAGGCACUGACGAGCGGUUCUACUUCUUCGCAACCAGAAACUACUGGGAGAACCUCUGCUGCAAAAAGAAGGCCAUCCAACGCAGAAGGAGACAAAAAGAACAACAAAUCAGAGCCGAAGUCGAGUACCAGGCUGACUCCAAAGUCGACGACAGCAUCAACCAAGAGACGCUCAAAGUUAUCCAGGACAUGAAAGACGGAGUUCCUUGCAGAGGCAUCCGAGUCACCAACCUGAAGAAGACCUACAAGCGAUACCCAUGUGGCAUCAGGUCGAAGAAAGAUGUCUAUGCGAACAGAGGCAUUUACUUGGAUAUGUCGGAGAACGAGCUGCUGUGCAUUCUGGGCCACAACGGAGCCGGAAAGUCCACCAUGAUUUCUGUGUUGACAGGGCUGACGGCGCCAUCUUCAGGUGCAGCCACUCUGGGCGGAUAUGACAUUGUGGAGGAGAUCGACGAAGUGAGGCAAAUCAUAGGAGUCGUUCCUCAGUUCGAUAUAUUGUGGGAUGAGCUGACAGCAGAAGAACACAUGAGACUUUUCUGCAGAAUCAAAGGCGUACCUGAAGACGAAAUUGAGGAUGUAGUAGUGGAUAAAUUAACCUCGGUCAAACUCAUUGAUGUCAGAAAAGGAAGAACUAAAACUUUCUCAGGAGGAAUGAAAAGAAGACUUACUGUGGCUAUCAGCUGUAUUGGCGACCCUAAAAUUGUUUUCAUGGAUGAACCAACAACAGGUAUGGACCCUGUCAGCAGAAGGCAAGUCUGGGAUUUGAUCCAGAGGCUCAAAAGCAAGCGUCAUGUCAUCCUUACGACUCACGCAAUGGAAGAAGCAGAUGUUCUGGGAGAUAGAAUAGCAGUUAUUGUAGAUGGAAAAUUUAAGUGCAUUGGAACACCUUUGUACCUUAAAAAUAAUUUUGGAGAUGGGUACAGGAUUACGAUAGUUACAGCCCCUGAAAAUAUUGAUAGAGCCAUCGACUUGAUGGAAAAAAUUGUCCCAGCUGCCAAGCUCCUUGAUGAGAGUGGAGGAGCCAUUACAUUCACUGUGCCAAUCAACAACAUCCAGGACAUUGCUCCUAUCUUGAAACUUCUGGAGAAAGAGUCAAAGGAUACUUCAUUGCAAGGUGACGAAGAUCCAAAUCUUGAAGAGUUAAAGUCUAUCGUAACUGAUUGUGGAUUAUCCCAGACAACUCUGGAAGAAGUAUUUAUGCUUGUGACAGGCAAGAAAGAGUCAAAGAAAGGCAGUAAAGUCCCUCAACACAGAGAGCCCUCUCCAGAUAAGAGGAUCAGCGAGGUCAUCACCGAGGAAUACUCGCCUAGGAAGUUUGAGGAGGAUAAGGACUACGAUGAUUCCUAUGAAAAGAAACUUUUGGAUUCCUAA